AUGCCUUGCUUUAAGGGUCUGGCGGUUAGCAUCCAUACGCCGAGCGGGCCGCUCUCGGAAUACUCGAUUCAGCGCCAAUCGAGGACCUCCCGCAUUGCGUGCUACAUCCCCGUUCCCCCGCCUAAGAUGCCCGAUUCGUCGAGCGGGAAGCCCGAACAGUCCACCUUUGCGAUAUCCAUCACGCUCCUCACACCUGGUAUGAAAGUGCCUUAUUCCACCCCGAAAGCUACACCGGAUAAUCCGCACCCAAAGCCCAAGACGGUGGGCGGGAUUCCUGGCCAGCUAGUUACAUCUGCGUCUAUUAACCCAUACCAACCUUUAACGACCUCCCCAAAUGAAACGAUUGCGGCUUAUAUAUAUUUCGAUGGAAGGCAAAAGGAGGAAGUGGCUACAUUGUUACGGAGGGGUGAGGAAACUUGGGUCAAUUCAAGAUGGGUGGGAAUACCACAGUCUGAGGGUGGUGGCCUUGCGGAAAGAGAAUUUCUCUUCCGUGAGGUUGGAUUGGAAAGAUGGCUGAACGGGUUGGACCUGGAAGGCACCGAUUCCGCCGAGAAAAUCGAACGACGGCGGCAGAAAAUGGAAAAACGGAGGAGAAAGAAGGAGCUUAGAGACGCAGCUCGUCGACAAGGUGGUCUUGGCGGUGAAGCAGGCAUAGGAAUGGAUUUGGAUGAGAAGAAGCCUAAACGAGACCACGAGGUAUUGAGAUACGGGGCCGAUACGAAAUCUCCUGUUGAAAACCUUUCGGACGAUGCAGAGAUAUACUCUUCCGAUGAUGAUUCAGACGAUGACCCAAUCCCUGAAACCGCCGGACAAAUCAAAGUGGCUUUAUUCCGCGUUUUAGCAUCCGGAGAGAUUAAGCGUGGCGAAUAUUCACCGCAAUUCGAUGCACACGAAGACGAUGAAGAUGCCCAAGGGACAAAUGGACGUGGCAACAAUGGUGAUGUUGACCACACCACUAGUUUUGCGAAGCCAAAGUCCUUGGAUCCAAAAUCUAUAAGUACACAAACUGUCACUGGAAUCGACCCAGCAGACAGGCCCUAUGCUGUCUUUACAUUUAUGUACCGUGGCGAGCGGCAAUUACAGAAAAUGGGUAUUCUGAAAUCGUCCAGACCCCAGGAAAAAGACACAGAAAAAGCGGCCAGACGAAAGUCAGGGCAAACCGAUUUUUCGAAGAUUGGUCCGCUCAAACCAGGUGGUGGAGCGGGCUUCUUAAAUUUUCGGGAUGGCGGGAGUCAGAAGAAACAUAAGAAUAAAGCGAAGAAGGGAAGCAUAAGCGAUAUGGAGAGUGAUGAUGACGACGACGAUUCUGGAUCUAUAAUUGGCAAAGCGGAACAAGAAGAAAACAAAGAAGGAAACGUUCAUCUAUCUUCAGAAGACGCGAAAUACCAAGGAGAGCUUACCGAAGGCCUUCGUCAAAUAAAGCUCAAACGACAACAUUCUUCCGAACCUCUUUCGGAUAUUGGUAGCAACGCUGAUGCGACUAGGCCGUCAAAAUCAACGACACCAGCCUCUAGGUCUACACCCCCCGCGCCCACGAAACAAGACACCACGCCUCCAAACAAUUUGAUCGGCAAAGACCCAAUCUUAAACUCCCUGGAUGACAGCUUCGUCGGCAGCCCGCUCAAAAAGCAGCGGGCGAGCUUAUCCGAGGCAGAUAAUCUUCUCCAUCAGCGUUUAGGCUCAAGCGUACCGGCAGGUAUACAUGAAGCCAUGGGCAUGGAAGUCACUCCACAGGAAGGAAAUAACGGUGCGGCUGCGUCCGAGAUCCACAUGGAAGCAGGCCGAAAGCCGUCAACCCUUGAAGAGGAGCAGUUAUAA